CGCACACGCACGCGCGCGCGCGCUAAGCUGCAGUGUGAAGGUGCCAUGCAAAUGCGUGUUAGAAAGAGGAACUGCCGGCGCGAGCGCACAGAGAAGCUCUUUACAGAAGUUGUUAAAGCUUCAGGAUUCAAGCUCUCCAGUGCGUGUUAAGAUAUUAGUGCAAAAACCCGUGCUGCUGAUCAAACUUACAUGAGUGGAUCUGAUUAAAAGGAGGCUGAUGGAUCGUUUUCUCUUCACGCUGCGAGAUUUUUAAAUCCUGAUUAUUUUGAGGGAAAAAACAACAACAAAAACGAAAAACGAAGAAAAAAAAGGCUUUUUAAAGGCCUGCGAGUGAAGCGGCUUCCGGGAAAACCUCGAACCUCGAACUCCACAGGUCUGGGGUAUGCAUGAUAUAUUUUGCAUGCAUGUCAGAUUUCUGCACUACAAAAAUUCUGCUGUGACUGGGACUUGAGUGAACAGUGCUAAGGUAUGGCGGACUGGAAUUUGGGCUUGGACACCCUGAGUGAGGUGGCACUAAACAGACUCGCAGAAAUGCUGGACAAAUCAAACAGUGGCUGGAGGCAAUUGGCAGCAGCGGUUAAAACCCAGCAACAGUUCUCUUGCAGUGAGAAGGAGAUUACCAGCUGCUCUCUUCAGGUGCUCAGCCCUCGUGGCAGUCCUGGCCGACGCCUGCUGGCUCUGCUCGCUGACAAGAAGUGCUCGCUGGACUUCCUGCUGCAAUGCCUUCAAAAGAUUGAACACCACGGGGCUGCAAGUUUUCUCACUGAAUGUGUGGUGCCCAUAGAGAUAAUGACUAAUCCUCAGAAUGUGCAAGCACCAAAGGGUAGCACAAUAACACUCAGCUGCAGGGCUGUUGGCCCGCCGGGACUCAGCUACCAGUGGUUCAGGAGGAAAGAGGAGGUGCCGGGUGGGAAUACAUCAGAUCUGAUUCUGAACCCAGCUCAGGAAGGUCACUACAUUUGUCGUGUCAGUGCUGGAGAGAAGUUUGUGUUCAGCGGAUGGGCCCAGGUCCGACUGCUCCGCUCUCCUGAUUCGGGCUCAGAUGUGAGCUUUCCAUCUUCAAUAAGUGGGAUGUGUAUAACUCAGCAGCCCAGAGCUCAGAAGCUGUCUGAGGGUGAUACCUUACAUCUGGUUUGUGCUGCCCAGGCCAUGCCACCUCCCCAGUUUCAGUGGUACCACAAUCAGAAACCUCUACAGAAGGCCAACAGACAGUUCCUAAAGAUUCCUUGUGUAACCACAGCAGACAGGGGUGUCUACAACUGCAAAGCGUAUAAUCUUCAUCACGAGAUGUGGAGUGAUAACGUGCAAGUAGAAAUCGGUCCUGGCUCCUGCUCUGAAGCGGAUUGGGAAACAGAUGGAGAUAAACCCAGUCCUCUUCCACAGCAGAUGGGGGACUUGUAUGCCACCGACAAGGUCGCACUGCUGAUGGGGAACAUGAAUUAUGCACAUCACCGGGAGCUCAGAGCCCCCAUGGCGGAUGUGUACGAGCUGAGCAACCUCUUGCGGCAACUAGACUUCAAAGUGGUCUCGCUGCUCGACCUCAACCGCCAUGAAAUGCACCGAGCCGUCAGUGAAUUCCUGCUGCUACUCGGCCGAGGAGUUUAUGGGCUGCUUUACUAUGCUGGACAUGGCUAUGAGAAUUACGGAAACAGUUUCAUGGUGCCUAUAGAUGCUCCGGCCUCAUACACUUCAGAUCAUUGUCUCUGGGUGCAGGACAUUCUGCAAGGCAUGCAGGAUCGUCAGACUGGUCUCAACGUCUUUCUGCUUGACAUGUGCCGUAAGCGAAAUCUAAAUGACGACAUCAUCCAGCAACCUGGACCACUGAAAGUUACGGCAAACAUUGUGUUUGGCUAUGCGACAUGUGUUGAUGCUGAGGCUUUUGAGGUGAACAAGGAUGACCUGUCCAAUGGUAUAUUCAUGAGCUUUCUGAAGAAGAGGCUGAUGGAGAAGGAGAAGGUCACUGUCAUGCUGGAUCGAGUGGCUGAAGAUAUGGGCAGGUGUGAGUUGACCCGUGGUCGGCAGGCCCUGGAGCUACGCAGUAACCUUUCUGAGCGCCGAACUCUGACGGAUCGCAUUCAGGCGCCAGAGUGUCCGGUUAUGGCAUCGACACGGAACCUGCAGUGGUCUAUAGCACACGCUCUGCCAGAGAGUCGUGUGCUCCAGUUUGAUUGUGGUGUAAAGGUGCAGCUGGGUUUCGCAGCAGAAUUUUCAAACAUCAUGAUCAUCUACACCCGGAUCCUGGAGACACCCAGAGACAUCCAUACCUGCUCAGCCCAGCUGUCUGAUUUCACUGAGGGCCCAGAGAUUGACCUUAAGCGUACCAAUCAAGCGAGUCUCCGGGAUGCUGGGAGUUUACUGUUAGUCAUGGAUGAUCGUCUACCACCAGAGCAGCCGCGACUCUUCACUCGUCUUUGUGCGCUGCAAAGACUUAAGAAUGACCUGUCAUUCACUGUGUGUUUGCACUAUCAGUACUUUAAUCUUGAUGAGGAGAUGCAGGAAAGGCGACCGAUAGCUGUGGGCAAACCUCUGGUUUCCAAACUUAACCUGCAUGAGCCACAGAGAUCCUGCACUUCAUACUCUUCUGAUCUUCAGUCAGCCAGCAUGCCACUUUACUCACCUUUUGCCCAGGAUCUGCAGGCCAGUUUGCCCUCUUUAGAUGCCAGCACUUCCUUUACUGAAUCGACAGAGUCCUUUUUCUACACACAUGCUGGAGUCUCUUCUGCAUCUGAACUAAAGAGAAUAAACGAACCUGAGGAGAACAUGAGCCCUGAGUUCCUCAUGUCGGAGGAGCACAUAGGGUCCAAAAGUUUUACUUACACUAGUCCUGACAAAUCUUUUAAAUUCAGCAACUUUCAUUCCAUCUAGUGUAAGCAUGUGAAACAAUAACAAAUAUAUAUAUAUUUUUUUGCUGUUAAUAUUUGUCUCAAAAUGGUGCCCGCUUAGCUCUGGGUCAGUCCUUGUAUUUUGGGCCUCAUAGCAUUAUUAAAUAAAUAAACAAAUUAAUGAAUAAAUUAAAAACAACAACAACAAUAAUAAUAACAACAAUAAUGAUGUGCAAGUGCUUAAACUAAAUGUAUAUUAUAUGUGGAUUUAUAAUAUAUUUUUCAAAAGGGUAUAUAUUGUACAUGUUGUAUAAAUGUGUCCCUGUUAUAAAUAACAGACCUGACGGUGUGGAAAGGAACAGGGUGCAUAUGCAAAGGAAAAAUAAUAAACAAAACUGUAAGAUA